AUUUGUCUUCAGCGAAGCGGAAGUUUGCAGAUUCCUUAAAUGAAUUUAAAUUUCAGUGCAUAGGCGAUGCAGAAACAGAUGAUGAGAUGUGUAUAGCAAAGUCUUUGCAGGAGUUUGCCACUGUCCUCAGGAAUCUUGAAGAUGAACGGAUACGGAUGAUUGAGAAUGCCAGCGAGGUGCUCAUCACUCCCUUAGAGAAGUUUCGAAAGGAGCAGAUUGGAGCGGCCAAGGAAGCCAAAAAGAAGUAUGACAAAGAGACAGAGAAAUAUUGUGGCAUUUUAGAAAAACAUUUGAAUUUGUCUUCCAAAAAGAAGGAAUCUCAGCUUCAGGAG